CAUGACAAGAGUGCAUGAUCAUGCGAGCUAAGCAUCUUUACCAACGAUUGCUAAGCAGUUUAGUAACUCAAGGGAGACAACUUCCUGCCAGCCACGGUUGUCUCCUCAUGAUCACGACAUUUCCCAAUCUCGCCGCCCACCUGUGUGUGGCGACACCGUACAGCGGGUACGCGCCACCACACUGUGGUCGUCACCGUCUCACCACCUGGAGUGGAGCACUUGAGACUGAGAGGCGAACAGCUACACGACAAGGCUGUGCACCCCGAGUACACCACACACAACUCAUCUUCACAACAAUCUCACAAAGCUAACAACACAAACCUCGGAUUGUCUACUUCGCCACAGACGACAUCGCUUUUAUCAUCUCGGGGGAUGCACUUGGGCUGCAACAUGAUCCACUCGGUCGUCGUGUUACUUUGUGUGUGCCUUUGUUUGUUUAUCACCAUUAACGGCUACCCAGCAGGAUUUCCAGAAAGACGUGUUUCGAGAGACCUUGACCAGGCUGAGACUCUGCGCACCCAGCUGAAACGAUUGCAAGAGAAGAUUUCCCAUCUGGAGGCCAGUGAGAUGGGGGUUCGGCCGACUCCCGAGAUGCCGCGCGACGCGAGAGUCAGCGAGAACGACGACAAGGCGGAGUCGGACAUCAGCAGCCUCGCCAACGACCGCACGGCCCAGACCAUCAGCGCCAUCUCGGACAACCAACGAAAGAUUCAGAGCUUGGGGAAAACUCUGUCAGACAAGAAACCUGUCUCACAGGUUCUCAAAGAGGCCUUAGAGAAGCUGCGUGAACAAGAAGCUUCUCAGACACGGAGUGGAUACAAAGAAUUCAGCAGGAGAGUACCUUGGUGACAACUAUCUUCCUCAAGAGGAGGGGGAGACGAAAGUCCCUCAGUCUGCCAAUGGAGGAGAGUCUGACAGAGGGCAGAGACUGGAGGCCAUCUACAGAAUGUUGCUUCGUAUGUACAGCAAACAGUCGGACAGCAAAGUGAACUCUGGUCACGAGGACGGCCCCAAUGGCGAAGUGCAGCAAGACAGACAGGAAGGACACACACCUGUCCAAAGUGACAGUGAGUUUCGAGACGCAGUGCUGGAAGCGUUCGAAGUGAAACUUUUGAAAGAUCUGGACCUCGCAGAACAAGCCGGCUUUUCUGUUGAGGAAAUCAUGGCCGACCUUCGAAAAAAGAGUGCCAGAGACCAGCAGACGAGGCUGCAGACCAUCAAGAGGCAGCUGGACGAGUUGGAUCGCUCCCCCAGGCUGUAGUGUCCAUGAUGUGCAAUGUAUUGGAACUCUGUCUUUGGAACUCACUCACAGGUCGAACUUCCGCACCCACUGUGUUCAUGGCUCAAAAUCAAAACCUCUGAAGUUCUAAACUUAUGUUCCGCAGAGAAGCUACAUGUCUGAGUUGUCUAGUAAUACUUCAGGACACAGAUGUUGCGAUUUUAAGCGCUCGUGCAGUUGUCAACUAAUUACUGUCUCCUUAAAUAAACAGCCACAAGCAUAAUGGCAGUAUUGAGAUAAAGUUGUCAUCAAAGUUGCUAGCCAUUGUUUUUGUGUAGUGUUUCUAAAAAUAGCUUAAAAGACAAGUGAUUUAGUGAAGAACAUAUAAAGAUUUAAAGACAAUCCAUUUCAUCUUUAAAGAGAAAAUUUUUUUUAUCUAACACUUUUCGCUGUCUUCCCUAAUUGCCACUAUUUGGUUUUUCAUCAUUUUCUUUUUUCGAGUCUAAAGCACUGACAGCUUUGAUAUGAUGACAUUAUCCACAAACGGUCUGUGACAUGUUGUUUAUGACAUUCAUGUGACACCUGUACUCACUGCAGUAAUCUUCCAGCAGCAACUAUGAGUAUUGCCUGCACCUGCUUACUCCAGCUCCACUAUUUCUCCACAUCUACUUUCUGUCACAAUAAUUUUUCUGUCACAUACUACUAUUAUACUUAAUAACAAUAAUCGCAAAAGCAAUCGAAAUCAUUUAGUACAUUUUAUCACCGUUAUAUAAGGAUUAAUUUUUAGUUUAGAUACAUCCUGUUCUCAUACUUCACUUCUUGUCUCUGUGUGCAUAUCAUAAAAAAUGAAAGUUACUAAGGAUUGGAACAUAUUAAAACAAUCAUAUUUGAUAAGUGCUUUUGAUAGGAAGAAAGUCCGCAAAGCAAUCACCGAAUCGUGAGAUAAAAUUGUAAUUGAUUCAACUAAACGACAAUUGAGAACUUGUUUGUUCUAUGGAUUGAAAUAACAGAAAUAAACAAGGAACACUUUACAGUCCUGUUGUACAACCCUUCAUUCUAUAUCAGAAGAUCUGGUUACCAAGGUUUUGACCAUAUUGGAAAUAUUGUGAAAAGAAGCUCGACUUUCCAGCCUUUUGUCCCAUGGAGAUCACAUUGUUUGAAAUGAAACAGAAUAUUGACUGAUGUCAGUAAUUUGUUAUGUAUACUCUUAGGUGAUGAUAUUCUUUAUCUGAAAAGCAUGUAGAUAAUUAUCAAUAUGAAAACAAAAAGAAAGAUUAGAUUGGUAAUAAAUGAUGUGUUCUGU